AUGGGGGUGCGCGAAUGUCUUCUGCUGCUUCUGCUGUCCUUGCUGCUGCUUCCUCUGGGCCUCCCAGUCCUGGGCGCCCCCCCACACCUCAUCUGUGACAGCCGAGUCCUGGAGAGGUACAUCCUGGAGGCCAGGGAGGCCGAAAAUGCCACGCUGGGCUGUGCUGAGGGCUGCAGCUUCAGUGAGAACAUCACUGUCCCGGACACCAAGGUUAACUUCUAUGCCUGGAAGAGGAUGGAGGUCCAGCAGCAGGCUGUGGAAGUCUGGCAGGGCCUGGCCCUGCUCUCAGAAGCCAUCCUGCAGGGCCAGGCCCUGUUGGCCAACUUGUCCCAGCCAUCCGAGGCCCUGCAGCUGCACGUGGACAAAGCUGUUAGCGGCCUGCGCAGCCUCACCUCCCUGCUUCGGGCACUGGGAGCCCAGAAGGGAGCCGUCCCCCUUCCAAACGCAGCCUCCUCUGCAGCCCCGCUCCGAACGUUCACUGUUGAUACUCUGUGCAAACUUUUCCGAAUCUACUCCAAUUUCCUGCGGGGAAAGCUGACGCUGUACACAGGGGAGGCCUGCAGGAGAGGGGACAGGUGA